AUGAUGGUCUGCGCCACUACUAGAUUCUCUUGUCCAGAAGGCCGAUAUCCAAAAAGUGUUACAGAAGCGUUCGAAUGUUCAUCGGACCACCAAUGUCCGAAAACCUACAAGUGUUGCGAUAAUGAAUGUUUUUUACACAAAGUAUGUCAGACUGCCAUCCCAGCAAUAUCUAGUACAACCGAAAAUAUAAUAACAACGCCAGUUCCAUCAACACAAAAUAUUCUUCUGGUUUCGAAAUCAACGGUCAUAAAUACAAUAGCUAAUGCCUCAAAUGAAAUAACUAUGGCCCAACUAAAAUCAACAACUACUGAAGAUCUCGAUAAUUCCGCAAUGCAAACUACAUCCUCAGAAUUAUCGAUGGAAAAUAUCAGAAUAGAAACUUUCCGUACCACGUCAACUACAAGUGAACAAGAGACUACUGAAAAAUCGUUCGAAACUGAAGAUAUUUCGAUGGAAAUGACAGAUAUCACACAAAGUUCCAAGGAAGAUUCGUUCACAGAACAGAAAACAGAAUCUACCGAUGGCACAGGUGAUAUUCAGCUAGCUACAGAUCAAACUACUACCUCAAUAUCUAGAGGAGGAAUAGAGGAAACAGAAACUAUUACUGAUGGAACAAGCUCUCCAAUAUAUAUCGAACAAACAAGGGCAUAUGACUCAACACCUACAUCUACAGUAACAGAAACAGAACCAACUGAGAACCCAGGAAACAGAGAUACCAUUAUAGAUGAAACAGACUCUUCGAUAUCUAAUAGAGAAACAAUGGAAUAUUAUACAACACAAUCUACAGAAUCAGAACCUGAUGAAGAGCCAGGAAACAAAGAGACCAUUAUAGAUGAAACAAGCUUUUUCAUAUUUGAUAUAGAAACAAUGAAAUAUGAAACAACACAAUCUACAGAAUCAGAACCUGAAGAAAAGCCAGGAAACACAGAUAUCAUCGAAGAUGAAACAAGCUAUUCAAUAUCUACCGAAGGAAGAAGGGUGAAUGAUGAAUUUUUCGAUAAGAUGACAGGAAUCGAAGAGAUAAUUGCAGAUGGAAGUAGUGCUUCAAUGUCUACAAAUAAAACUACUUCUCAAGGAGAAUCAAAAACUACUACUGACAAAUACUCCAAUGAUCCAGACAAUAUAAAAAUGACCACAACGGUAGCUUCCUCACCAAAUGCUCAAGUAGAUGGAUCCGGAAGACCCUUAAAAGAUUUUGAAACGACAACAAUACAAAUUAGUUUUUCAAGUACGACAAGAACGAAUGUAUCGGAUGAGACUUUCAAUAAGACGGCAGGAAGAUCUACUGAUAAAAAUGAUGAAAUUGACACUAGUACCUCAACAAGAAACACAACGAAAACAGAAAAUGACAUAACACCAUCAACUAUGGCUGGAACUCUACAUGAUAUUAAAACGACAACAAAGGAAACUAGUUCCUCGAAGUCCAUGCCAACACCACAUGAUGAAUUCUUUGAUAAAAUGACAGGAAUCAAUUUAAUAAUUGCAAAUGAAAUUAGUGCCUCAAUGUCUUCAAAUAAAACUACUUCUCAAGAAGAAUCAAAAACUACCACCGACACAUACCCCAAUGAUCCAGACAAUACAACGAUGAACACAACGGUAGCUUUCUCACCAAUAUCGGAAGAAGAGAUAAAUAAAGAUGAACAAAAAUAUGCAACGAAAUCAAGUAUAACUAAUACUACCAGAGAUAUUGAGGAAAACACAAUGAAAAAUACUUCCCCAAACUCUGAAGAAGUUACUGAAACUCACAGAACAACAUUCUCAAGUCUUGACGGUGGAGAAAAUUCAACUCUGGAUGAAACGAACAAAACGAACAAUAUUACUUUUUACACUGAAGUAACAACGAAGUCAACUAAUGCUCAAGUAGAUGGAACCGGAAGAAUUUUAGAAGAUUUUGAAACGACAACAAUACAAACUAGUUAUUUAAGUACGACAAUAACGAAUGUACCGAGUGAGACUUUCAAUAAGACGGCAGCAACAUCUACUGAUAAGAAUGAUGAAAUUGACACUAGUACUCCAAUAUCAACAAAGAACACAAAGAAAACAGAAAAUGGAAUAAAACCAUCAACUAUGGUUGGAACUUCUGAUGAUAUUGAAACGACAACACCACAUGAUGAAUUCUAUGAAACUAGUGCCCCAAUGUCUACAAAUAAAACUACUUCUCAAGGAGAAUCAAAAACUACUACUCACACAUACUCCAAAGAUCUAGACAAUAUAAAGAUGAACACAACGGUAAUUUCACCAAUAUCGGAAGAAGAGAUAAAUAAAGAUGAACGAGAAAAUAUAACGGUAUCAAGUAUAACUAAUACUACCAGAGAUAUUGGGGAAAACACAUUGAAAAAUACUUUCCCAAACUCUGAAGAAUUUACUGAAACUCACAGAACAACAUUAUCAAGUCUUGACGGUGGAGAAAAUUCAACUCUGUAUGAAACGAACAAAACAAACAAUAUUAGUCUCGACACUAAAGUAACAACGCAGGCAACAAACGCUCACGUAGAUGGAGUCGGAAGAACUUCAAGAGAUUUCGAAACGACAACAAUACAAACUAGUUUUUCAAGUACGACAAGAACGAUUGUAUCGAAUGAGACUUUCAAUAAGACGGCAGCAACAUCUACUGAUAAGAAUGAUGGAAUUGACACUGGUACCCCAAUAUCAACAAAAAACACAACGAAAACAGAAAAUGACAUAACACCAUCAAUUAUGGCUGGAACUUCAGGUGAUAUUGAAACGACAACAAAAGAAUCUAGUUCCAUGAAAUCCAUGCCAACACCACAUGAUGAAUUCUAUGAAACUAGUGCCUCAAUGUCUACAAAUAGAACUACUUCUCAGGGAGAAUCAAAAACUACUACUGACACAUACUUCAAUGAUCCAGACAAUAUAAGGAUGAACACAACGACAACUUUCUCACCAAUAUCGGCAAAAGAGAUAAAUAAAGAUGAACAAGAAAAUAUAACGAUGAGGAUAACAAGUAUAACUAAUACUACCAGAGAUAUUGAGGAAAACACAUUGAAAAAUACUUCUCCAAACUCUGAAGAAGUUUCUGAAACUCACAGAACAACAUUAUCAAGUCUUGACGGUGUAGAAAAUUCAACUCUGUAUGAAACGAACAAAACAAACAAUAUAAGCUUUGACACUGAAGUAACAACGCAGUCAACAAAUGCUCACGUAGAUGAAGUCGGAAGGACUUCAAAAGAUUUUGGAACGACAACAAUACAAACUAGUUCUUCAAGUACGACAAGAACGAUUGUAUCGAAUGAGACUUUCAAUAAGAAGGCAGCAACAUCUACUGAUAAGAAUGAUGGAAUUGACACUAGUACCCCAAUAUCAACAAAAAACACAACGAAAACAGAAAAUGACAUGACACCAUCAACUAUGGCUGGAACUUCAGAUGAUAUUGAAACGACAACAAAAGAACCUAGUUCCUCGAAAUCCAUGUCAACACCACAUGAUGAAUUCUAUGAAACUAGUGCCCCAAUUUCUACAAAUGGAGAAUCAAAAACUACUACUCACACAUACUCCAAAGAUCUAGACAAUAUAAAGAUGAACACAAUGGUAAUUUCACCAAUAUCGGAAGAAGAGAUAAAUAAAGAUGAACGAGAAAAUAUAACGGUAUCAAGUAUAACUAAUACUACCAGAGAUAUUGGGGAAAACACAUUGAAAAAUACUUCCCCAAACUCCGAAGAAGUUACUGAAACUCACAGAACAACAUUAUCAAGUCUUGACGGUGUAGAAAAUUCAACUCUGUAUGAAACGAACAAAACAAACAAUAUUAGCUUUGACACUGAAGUAACAACGCAGUCAACAAAUGCUCACGUAGAUGGAGUCGGAAGAACUUCAGAAGAUUUUGAAACGACAACAAUACAAACUAGAUCUUCAAGUACGACAAGAAAGAAUGUAUCGAAUGAGACUUUCAAUAAGACGGCAGCAAGAUCUACUGAUAAAAAUGAUGGAAUUGACACUAGUACCCCAAUAUCAACAAAAAACACAACCAAAACAGAAAAUGGCAUAACACCAUCAACUAUGGCUGGAACUACUUCUCAAGGAGAAUCAAAAACUACUACUGACACAUACUCCAAUGAUCCAGACAAUAUAAAGAUGAACACAACGGCACCUCUCUCAUCAAUCAAUCAAGAUGAACAAGAAGAUAUAACGAUAUCAAGUAUAAAUGAUACUACCAGAGAUAUCGAGAAUACCACAUUGAAAAAUACUUCCACAAACUUUGAAGAGGUUACUAAAACUUACAGUACAACAUUUGUUACUUUUGACGGUGGGGAAACUUCAACCCGGGGUAAAACAGACAAAACAAGUAUUAGCUUUGAGACGGAUGAGGUUGAGAUUGGACUGGAAUUUCCUACAACUGGUACAGGUACUUCUAAACAUGAGAUCAUCACUCCAGGAGAGUUUGAGCAACCUUCUGAUUCCGUUGACAAUGCACUGAUGAAUAAUGAAAAAGCAUAUCAUGGUGGCUCACAGAUUAGUGAAGGAAAUAGAGGAAUAGAAUCUGACAACCAAAUAAAAGUCAGUCGCAUAGCAUCACCUGAACCAAAGAACUCUUCAUUCUCAUCAUUUGAAUCAGUUUCUCCCAUGUUUGCAUUCGCUUCAAAAUACUUCACACAUACCGAAUUCAUAAGUGUCACGCAACGUACGAUUCAAAACAGCUCAGAAAGUGAUAAAUCUUCCGUGAAUCAUCCAAGAAAUGAUGAAAAUAUGAAAAAUAUAGAUCAUCAUAUUGACCAUAAUGACGAAACAGAUGGAAAAGCUGCUGGAAGUUUAUCAGAGAUGAACAAAUACUCUACAAUCACCGUCAACUAUACGAAAAUUGAUAGAGCAUCGUCUGGUACAUUCUUCUUUGAUGAAACCAGUGGAGAAAGAGGUGAUGACGAAGAUAAUGACAAUGAUGAUGAGAACGAUGACACUCGAGAGGAUGGAAGUGGUAGUGAGCAACCACUGGAAUAAUAAAAUGCAUGAAUGAGUUGAGUUGUGUUUCUGAAUUGCAGAAGAAACAAAAUGCAAUUUCCAUAGAUCAGUUAAUUGAUUGAUUCUGGUGAUUUGGCUUUGUAUGUGUUCCUUUUGAUACCCAUGAUUUUUUCAGAGAUUUCUCGUAUGAUUCAGAUUUCUGAUGCUGAAUAAAAAAUACUUAUUUAGUC